AUGGUUAGCUCCUGCUUCUUUUUUGUUUUCUUUGUUCUCUCUCAUCUGGUGCUUCUUUCCUCAGGUCAAGAACAAAACCAAUCCUACCUUGAGUGUCCAGUGACAUUCCGAUGUGGAUCUCUCAGUCUGAUUGGCUUCCCUUUCACCAGUUUCAAGCAACCUGAUUGUGGUUUGUGCAUGGUAAAUUGUGAUAAAAAGCCAUUUCCAACCGUCCAACUGGAUAAGAAUGGACGAUGGUAUGAAGCUAGAAGCAUUUUGCAAAUCACUGAUAGCAUUUUAGUUGGUGACCUAGUGCUUGAUCAGCUUUUAAAUUCACGAAGUUGUGAUUUUUUCAAUAAUAUCACACUUCCCAACUCAUACUUCUAUAACGUCACUCCUCUCAACUACCCUCGUAUUUCAUUUACAAUCUCCCCCAACCCCAAUCUCAUCUUGUUCAAAUGCAUCAAUAGUCCUAAACAUACCUGGCAGGUAGAUGAAUAUCUCAAUGGUACUUACAGUUACAAACACUCUCUUGACUUCUCCGUAUACUACACAUAUCCAUCUAAUCCUAUCACGACUCCUAAUCCUUCAGUUCUACAUCACCCACAGAUGGUGUCCAAACCCAACUUGAACCCAAAUUACAGUGAUCAAUUUGCAUUAUUCACUGCUGAAUUCUCUCUUCAAUUGCCUGGGUCUGAUAAGUGUUCUAAAUGUAAACUUGAAGGAGAGCUAUGUGUAGUUGACAGCAAGAAUAAAUUUCACUGUGACAAAGCCCAAGUGAUUGCAGCUGCUUCUGCUGUUGGAACUGGCAUCUUAGUAGCUACAGUCUUCUGCUUCAGAAGGAAAUUCUCCCUAGUGUGCGGUUCAAAUUUCGGCUGCCUUCCUCAACUAGCUGAUACAAUACUUGAAGAUGAUCGGUUCCAGUUUGAUAAUAAUGUUACAAACCUGGCUUUACUAUCAAAUUGUUCGUUGCCAUUUCCAGAAGAACUUUUGAGGUACAGUGUCAAUAUGAUCAAUUGUGAUGCUGGGAAUGGAAGUGGGUGGGAACUAGCUAUGUUUCAGGAUAAGCGGAAUCUGAGUUUGGCAUUGAAAGAGUGUGGCACGGAGGUGGUGGCGCCAGUGGAAGUGCGUGGUGGAAGCUAUGGAUUUGGGGACUAUGUAGGGCUGCUGAGAAAAGGCUUUUGUUGA